AUGGGUUUGGGAGGAAGCCCAAACAGAGUGGUGGGUGUGGAGAUAGCUGAGGGUGGUUUGAGCAGGAGGAGGAGACAUGGUACUAAUGACCUGACUGAUAUUGUCUCCUCUUGGUCUCUUCAUGACAUUCUCAACGAAAACCUCUACCAUGACCAGGUGGAGACUAUACCGGAUCAAUUUCAGUCGGUCCAGGAUUAUCUCGGAUCGUACGUCUACCCUUUACUGGAAGAAACCCGGGCGAGUCUGUGCUCGAGUUUGGAAAAUAUUUCUUUGCUGCCUUUCACUGAGAUUAUUGAAUGUGUGGAAAGCGCGGGAAGUGGGAACUCGUAUGCUGUUAAGGCCAGUCGGUGGAAUGAAUCCAAUACUCGUGGCAAGGAAACUUACAAAACUUUGCCUGGAGAUAUCUUGAUUCUAACUGAUGCUAAGCCAGCAACUGUUCCUGACUUGGAGAGGUUCGGAAGAAGAUGGGCGUUCGCAUUAGUUAGGAUGAUUGGAGAAGAUGAUGAAGAGGAUGAGGCAACGUCAUCGACAAACUUUGAAGUGGAGACAUUAUUGAACCUUGAAGUAAAUAAUUCGUGGAAGCCAAUGUAUGCAAUUUUCCUGAUAAAUAUAGUCACUAACAAAAGGAUAUGGAAGGUGUUGCAUAUGUAUCGUAACUUGGAUAUUUUGAAGGAAGUUCUCUGCACAGAUUUGGUGGCUGAUAAAGUUUCUAAUCUCUGUGUUACUGAAGGUAAUGGUUCUGAGAGUGAGAGCCUUGACAAGAGAUUGAGCCAUGAUCUGAAUGAAUCCCAAAAAAAAGCAGUUGGGGCCUGUCUCAGUAAACUCCAUUGUGAGAACAAGCCAUCUGUCGACCUGAUAUGGGGUCCUCCUGGAACUGGGAAAACUAAAACCGUCGCUACACUGCUACUUACUCUCUUGAAAAGGAAACAUAGAACCAUUGUUUGUGCUCCUACAAAUGUUGCCAUCAAGGAAGUGGCAACUCGUGUUCUGAAGCUGCUAAAGGAAUCAGAUAGUGGUAUAAGCACUGAAAUGGAAAGUUUGCCCUGUUACUUUGGAGACACGCUUAUUUUUGGGAACAAGGAGCGGCUGAAAGUUGAUUCCGACAUUGAAGAUAUAUACUUGGAACAUCGUGUAGAGCGCAUUUCUGAAUUCACUGGUUGGCAUCAGUGUCUAACUUCCUUGAUAGAUACUCUUGCUGACUGUGUCUGUCAAUACCGCGUAUUUUUGGAAAACGAACACGCAAAAAGAAGGAAACUAGGAAGUGAUGAUGAUAGGAGCGAAGGCAGAAGCAGUGAAGAAGAUGGUAACUGUGAGCUUAAAUCAUUUCUUGAGUUUUUCAGGGACCAAUUCAAGGAAACUGUCCGGCCCCUGCGGGCAUGCCUCUAUACUUUCUGUACUCAUAUAUCCAGAACUAAAUUCCAGAAUAUUACAUCCCUCUUUAACUUACUUAAUUCUUUUGAAUCUUUAUUAUGUGGAGAGAAGUUGGAUUCAGAGAUGAUGGAGAUAACUCUUUCACGUGAUGAACUUGGCCUGUUUUCGUUUGAGACAUCCAUGGGUCCACUAUAUGAUAUAUAUAUGAAGAGACAGGAAUGCCUUUCCAUGUUGCUAACUGUUCGUGAAACUCUGAAGGAUCUAAAACUUCCAAACUUUGUGAGUGAGGACAUGAUAGCCAACUUCUGUUAUCGACAUGCAUCCCUGAUUUUUUGCACAGCUUCUAGUUCAUAUAAGCUGUACUCUGUGGAGAUGGAGCCUCUCAAUUUACUGGUAAUCGAUGAGGCAGCCCAGUUGAAAGAAUGCGAGUCAGUAAUUCCUCUGCAACUCCCUGGUGUCAAGCAUCUGAUUUUAGUUGGAGAUGAGUGUCAGUUGCCUGCUAUGGUCGAAAGCAAGGUUUCUAAUCAGGCUGGUUUUGGAAGGAGUCUGUUUGAACGAUUGAGUUCACUUGAGCAAAAGUUACAGAAAAGUCAUUUGCCAUGGCCGAUGUUUGGCCCUUACUCAUUCAUAAAUAUUCCUGAUGGAGAAGAACAAAUCGGUGAUGAUGGCUGUAGCCUUAGAAACCCUGUUGAGGUGGAAGUUAUCUCGAGGAUAGUGAGGAAUCUGUACAGAGCUUGGAAUGGGUCAGAAGAAGAUCUGACAGUAGGUGUCAUAUCUCCUUAUAGAGCUCAGGUUGCUGCGGUUCUAGCUAAACUUGGAAAAAAGUUCGAAAAUAUCAAGGGCUUUAUGGUCAAGGUGAAGUCAGUGGAUGGAUUCCAAGGGGGUGAAGAAGACAUUGUUAUAAUAUCCACUGUAAGAUCAAACUCGCGUGGGAAUAUUGGGUUCUUGUCCAGUACUAAGAGAACCAAUGUUGCUCUUACCAGGGCCAGGUAUUGUCUGUGGAUUCUGGGAAAUGGGAAAACACUGAUGAAAAGCGAUUCUGUGUGGAAAGCUGUGGUUGACAAUGCAAAGAGUCGUGGAUGUUUCUUCAAUGUUGAUGAUGACAAGGAUUUGGCUAAAGCCAUCUUAGAUGUGAAGAAAGAGAAUAAUCAGCUUGAUGAUCUGCUUGACAGAAGCAGUGUACUUUUCAGAAAUGCAAGGUGGAAGGUUCUUUUCAGUGACAACUUCCUGAAGUCUUUCAGAAAGCUGGCAUCACUCAGGACAAAGAUGUCCAUCAUCAACCUUCUGUCAAAACUCUCCAGUGGCUGGAGACCAAAGAAGAGAAAUGUGGAUAUAAUUUGUGAACACUCAUCUCAUAUCGUAAGACAAUUCAAAGCUGAUGGUUUCUAUGUCAUAUGCACGACUGAUAUUGUAAAGGAACUGAGAUACAUCCAAAUCCUGAAGAUAUGGGAUGUAUUGCCUUUAGAGGAUGUGGUAAAAUUGGUCAAACGUUUGGACAGCAUAUUCGAGACAUAUAGUGAUGAUUUUAUUAGUCGUUGCAAUGAGAAAUGCAUUGAGGGGGAUCUGCAAGUUCCGAAGACCUGGGCAUGUACUUUUGAUUUUGUCUGCUAUCGAAGUGCUAGUGAAGGUCAAUUUGGGAGUAGUUCUGAUGCUGAUGCUUCAGAUCGUAGGUUGUAUGUGGAGAAUGUGAAAGUGAGCGAGAGUUUGCUUCUAAUGAAAUUCUACACCUUAUCAUCAGAUAUUGUCAGAAAUUUGCUCGAUGACAGUGAUGGUAAUGAAGCAAGUCUUCCGUUUGAAGUAACAGAGCAAGAACAAGAGAUAAUUCUUUUUCCCAGAAGCACUUUUAUACUUGGGCGAUCUGGAACCGGUAAAACUACAGUCCUGACAAUGAAGUUGUUUAGAAAUGAGAAACUGCAUGAUGAAGCAACCAAGGGAUUUCAGGAAAUCCAAAGUGAAGGAGCAGAGGAUUGUGUAUUGCGCCAGCUUUUUGUGACUGUCAGUGCAAAAUUAUGUUUUGCGGUUAAACAGCACGUAUCUCAACUUAGAAGCUCCAGCAGUGGUGCAAAACAUAAAGUUAAAAGCUCUUCAGUUGAUGAGAUUGUUGAUGAUGCAGCAUUAUUCAAGGAUAUCCCGGAUUCAUUUUUAGACAUAUCUCCCAACUCUUAUCCCCUUGUUAUAACUUUUCGUAAGCUUCUGAUGAUGCUAGAUGGAACUGUGGGGGUUUCAUUCUUUGAAAGGUUCCCCGAUCUAAGGGAUCUUUGUCGUGGCCAAUCCUUCAAUUCUAGACCAGUGGCCUUACAAAGUCUUCUAAGAGCAAAGGAAGUUACUUACGAAAAGUUUUGUGCUGUUUAUUGGCCUCACUUCAAUGACAAGAUAAGGAGGAGGCUUGAUCCUUCCAGAGUCUUCACUGAAAUAAUGUCCCACGUAAAGGGUGGUCUUCCACCAGCAGAUGGUUGUGAAGGCAAACUUGACAGACCAGCUUAUGUUUCUAUUUCAGAGGGUCGUGUCUCCACUCUGAGUUUUCAGAGAAGAGAAGAAAUUUAUGAUGCUUUUGAGGAUUAUGAAAAGAUGAAAAUGAAAAAUGGUGAAUUUGAUUUGGCCGAUCUUGUCAAUGAUCUUCAUUGCCGUCUUCUUCAUGGGCAGUUUGCUGGUAACGUGGUGGAUUUUGUAUAUAUUGAUGAAGUGCAGGAUCUCACCAUGAGGCAAAUUUCACUGUUCAAGUAUAUCUGUAGAAACGUUGAUGGGGGCUUUGUGUUUUCUGGUGACACUGCACAAACUAUUGCAAGGGAAUAG